AUGGAUCUUUCUCGAAUCAUCAAGCCUUGGAAGUUGCAACCUCCGAAGACUCUAGUCUUCGUGAACGCAACUAUCAUCGACCCCGUCGAAGGACAAUUGAUCCACAAUGCCACCGUCAGGACGUCCGGAGGGAAAAUCGUCCAGAUCGACACCACUGGCUCCGAGACAGCCAAGGAGGGCUCAGAGGACAUCAUCGAUCUCAGUGGAAAGUAUUUAUGCCCGGGACUGAUCGAUUCGCACGUCCAUAUUGCCGUGUGUCCUGGGGAAGCAGACCUGCGAGCAUACAAGGAUAUGACCGAGCGAAUCAGUCUUCUCCGCCAGCCACACGUCCUCAAGACCAUGCUCGAGCGUGGAUUUACCUCAAUCCGAGACUGUGGCGGUGCGAGUCUCGCCAUGAAGGAGGCCAUUGAGGAAGGCGUUGUUCCAGGUCCUCGACUUUUCAUGGCUGGCUUUGCGCUCUCCCAGACUGGAGGCCACGGAGAUAUGCGCAGUUCGCACGAAGAUCAACUCUGCUGCGGUGGCUCAAUUUCCGGCAUUAGCAGGAUUGUCGACGGGCCGGCCGAGUGCUACAAAUUUGCCCGCGACGAGCUCCGAAAGGGUGCGGACUUCAUCAAGAUUAUGGGCGGAGGUGGUGUUGCAAGCCCUACCGACCGCAUCGACCAUGUCCAAUUUUCCGAUGAAGAGAUCAAGGCCAUAGUCACCGUCGCUCAAAAUGCUGGCACCUAUGUGACUUCCCACAGCUAUACGCCCCAAGCCAUUCAGCAAGCCAUCAAGCUGGGUGUUCGCGGCAUCGAACACGGCAACCUCAUCGAUUUGGAGACGGCGCAGUUGAUGGCGGAGAAGAAGGCUUUCCUGACGCCCACACUCAUUGCCCACGUCAUGUCCAAGCAGAUGAACUUCCUGCCACAGGACGGUGCGGCCAAGAACGAUGAAGUCCUCGAGAAGGGACUACGAGCGAUGAAAAUGGCCGUUGACGCUGGCGUCACUGUCUGCUUCGGCACUGAUCUGCUCGGACCGAUGCAUUUCGCCCAAAGCAAGGAGUUCUCUGUCCGUAGCAAGGUUCUGACUCCAAUUCAGAUCCUGCAGAGUGCGACUAUUAAUGCCGCUCGCCUGCUCAUGCAAGAAGAUCGACUUGGUCAGAUCCGUGAAGGCUUUGCGGCAGACUUGCUGAUUUUGAACGCCAACCCGUUGGAAGAUAUCACAAUUUUGGAUCGGAAUGAGCAGAGUAUUCUCGGUGUGGUGAAGGAUGGAAGAGUUAUGACAUCCCGUUGGGAGAAGCUGAAGGUGGACGCAUGA